CCCCCAUCGUAUGAACUUGUUCUAAACACUCACAUCUUCUACAUUUCACUUAUCGCUCUCGUCUAUUUUGAUACACCCACCCACCCUGCCUUUGGUCUCCCAUCAUGUUUAAUCCUUCUUAUACUCCUCAAUUGCAAAUGAUCCAACCCGCCACGGUUGCUUCUGCUACCUAUGCUUAUCCUAACAUGCAGAGAUUUCCUCAUCAGCAAAGGAUAGCUCCUCGUUCACCGGCUCCUAUCAUUGUUCCUUCCUCUACUUCCCAUCAUCCUGCCUUUUAUGCAGCUCAACCCAAUGCUUCCGAGCAACAAGCUUUUGUUCCUCCGUUGUGUUUGCACUGCCGGGCCAGAACUGUCAAGCCCACACGAGUUCAAAGGGAUGGUGGUCUUUGCAAGCAUUGCAAGAAAGAUCUUAACUAUUAUCCUUCUUCCUCCAACUCUGCUACCAAUGGUUAUUAUCGUCAACAACAACAACCUCCUAUCCAUCAUACCCUGCAAAACGCUACGAUAACGUUUGAUAGCUUGGUGGUCAAUUCUCCUCAGCGUGAACUGGUCAAGGAUGUGUUUUUUUCCCCAGCACUGAGUUCCACCUUUGAUGCCUCUGCUGCUGCCGCUGCUGCUGCUGCUGCCGCCGCCGCCGCUGCCGCCGCCGCUUCAUCUUUUCAAUCCGAGUCCUCUCAAUCCAGUGACAGUGACUCCGAGUCGAGCAUUGCUACUCCAUUGGAUUGCCUAUCACCUCGUCUAUCGCCUGCUGAUUUCCUCUUGGGUGGUGAUCAGGAAGAGGCUUUGUUUGGGUUUGAAAUUGAAGAUGCGCUCAAGGAUUCCACUCCCGAAAAUGUUGGCCUUGGAAUUACCGUCAUUUCCAAGAAGAAGCCCGCAUUGUCGCUAAAAGACAAUGCAACGUUUGUUAUGAACAAGAAGCGCUCCUUCUUGGACCAUCUUCAUGCCGUUGGCGAUUUGCCCACCCCACCUGCCUCAUCGGAUUUCCUUUAUGACAAUUUCGUUGAUGCUCCCAAGCGACGCAAAUUCAAUGAUACCACCCCCCCUGCUUCCCCUUCGGAAGAUCACGAUGAAUAUAAUUUGUUUCAAGAUUCCAGCUUGGAAUCGGAAGAUGAAGCCGAUGCUUCUACUGAAGAAUCGGAUGAUGAUGAUGACCACACCAGCAUCCUUGUGGCUGCUUCCUCACCUAAACUGCAUCAGGACAUUUUUGACCACUAUGGAAACAAGAACAAUGCCUACUUAUCACCAUCCGAAGCUCUGUUUGACGAUUCAGAUGUUUACACGUCAGAGGAAGAAGAUGAAUCGUCUGAUGAACGAGAGCAUGAAUCCGUCCGAAAACCUCAAGUGGCUACUACUCUCCCCACCGCCACUCCUACUACUACUACAGUGACUGCAAACCCCAUUGCAGAGGAAUAUCAACAAACACCCCAACCCCCUAGAACUGACUUGGCCCCUCCAAGACCUACGGAAAACCCAACCAUUUUUCAAAAACUCACCAAAGCGAACAUCGAUUGGUGCCGGUACUGUGGCACCACCGAAGGUGUCAAUUGGCGUCCUGGACCUUGGGGUAAACGCACCCUUUGCAAUAAACACGGAUGCGAUUACAAAGGUUACGGAUUCGCAUGCAAACUUCCACGUCUGGAUCUGACUGGGUUCUUGCAUGAAAACAUCAACGAUCGCGACAGACCCGUUUUGCAAUUGUUCUGUGCGUGCUGUCAACAACAAGACUCCUACAUUGACAAUGUGAUGGUUCGUUGCGAAGGUUGCCCUAAGGCUGUUCAUCAACAAUGCGGAAGCCUGAGUCAGGAGUUUGUCGCCUCUUCUGAACCCUGGUUCUGCGACAAUGCAUGCAAAGAAAACUCCAAGAAGAAGCGAAUCAUCGUUGAAUUGCCUCGCAAACGCUUACCUCUCAUGAAUGCACCAGCUGGAAGAGCAGCAGCUGCUGCUGCUGCCGCCGCCGCUGCAAGCGCUACAAAAUAAUUCUUUCCAAAAAGUAUAUCACAUUUCUAUGACCCUAAUGCAUCGAUCUUGAUGCCUUACGGCUAUUUUACCUCUUUGUUUCCAAAACCACCUCUUCUCUUCCAAAUAUUACCUCUCCACUUUGAUUUACUUCAGUACUCUUGUAUAAUAGCUACUAUUUCCUUUUUUUUGUUCUGUUCUUUAUC